UUGAGCCAACAUGUCGCCGCUUGACGAGUAAAAGUUUCUUAUGAAUCUUUUAGCCAUUUAGCUGCAACUCGUGACGAUGUUUAAACGUAACGCAGACCCUCUCGUGCCUUUUUAUCCUGCUUUCCCCUCUGUUCAUUUGGUCAUCGCUGCAUUUAUUAGUUUUCAUCUUGUUAAGUGUGAAAGGAUUAACCCAGAGAGUUGUCUCAUCUGGGGUCCAGGACUUCAGCCUAAUGUAGUUCUGCCUGUACGCUACUUUUUCAUUCAGUCAGUCAAUUUUAAAGGAGAAAAUGUCAGUUCAUCUCCAGGCAAAGACACCUUUAAAGUGAGGAUAACUUCACUGGAGAAGAAGGAGCAUGUCCGCAUCCACGUCCCCGCACCGCUGGACAGAGGAGAUGGAUCCUUCUUAGUGAGGUACCGCCUGUACAACACUGCACCAACAGGCCUUAAAGUUGACAUCUUCCAUCAUGAAACAGCUGUUGCCAAAUCACCCUACAUCAUCCAAGGUCCAGUGUAUCACGAGUACUGUGACUGUCCUGAACCUGACGCCUCCGUCUGGCAGAGCGUCAUGCAGUGUCCAAAUGUUGAGCCUCAGAUUGAGGCGGACUUCCAAUCUUUUCCAACUAUUAACCUACAGCUUCUCAGGGAGCAAGGGCCUAAAAGAUUUGCAAACAGAGGAGGUAUCAUUCACUACGCCAUCAUCAAAAAUCAACUGUUCCGCCAAACAUUGGGAAAAUACACCGACUUCAAGAUGUUCUCUGACGAAAUACUGCUCUCGCUGACAAGGAAGGUGGUGGUGCCUGAUGUCGAGUUUUAUCUCAAUGUUGGUGACUGGCCAUUGGAGACACGGUCGGCAGACGCAAGUCCUAUUCCAGUCUUGUCUUGGUGUGGUUCUACAGACACACGAGAUAUUGUCCUUCCCACCUACGAGGUGACACAUUCCACCCUGGAGACCAUGAGAGGUGUCACCAACGAUCUGCUCUCAAUUCAAGGCAAUACAGGUCCUUCUUGGGCAAACAAAACGGAUCGGGCAUUUUUCCGUGGCCGGGAUAGCAGAGAGGAACGUCUCCAGCUGGUAUCUUUGUCUAAGAAACAUCCGGAGCUUGUGGAUGCUGGCAUCACAGGAUGGUUCUUUUUCAGAGACAGAGAGAAACAUAUUGGCAAGGCACCACUUGUUGGAUUCUUUGAUUAUUUUAAGUUCAAGUACCAAGUAAAUGUGGACGGCACAGUGGCGGCAUAUCGUUUUCCUUACCUCAUGCUCGGAAACAGCCUGGUUCUGAAGCAGGAUUCGCACUACUAUGAACAUUUCUAUAGUAGUCUCCAAGCUGGCAACCACUACGUCCCUUUCAAAAGAAACCUGUCGGACUUGUUAGAAAAAAUCAAAUGGGCCAAAGAGAAUGAUGCAGAAGCGCAGAAGAUCGCCGUUAUGGGGCAGGCCGUUACCCGUGAGCUACUGCAGCCCAGCAGACUUUACUGUUACUACUACCAAGUGCUACUGACUUACGCCAAGCGGCAGUCAGGUCAGCCCAGCCGCCAUGCGGACAUGGAGCCAGUGCCUCAAUCUGAUGAUCACACAACCUUGUGCGAUUGCUGGCAUAAGAACCACAAAGGUCAAAAGACUGUCAACGAUGAACUAUGAUAAGCCAUUACUCCUAAACAAGAAUCAAGGUUUAGAAUUUUUUUUUCUUGGAAUUUUAUAAACAACUAACAUUGCAUAUAUUUUGAAUGAUCUGUUUUGAAAAGAAUGACAGUUUUUCAGACAAAAACAAUACGGUGGGUUUUUUUUUUUUUUUUUAUCAUGGCGUUGGUGUUAUGGUUUUAAAAGCAAUUCCUUAGUUGAAUUGUUCUUUUAUCCCAGACAAUUGUUUUAGGUUGUUUUAUGUACCUGACAUGUUUCGGUGACUACUUCCGCCUUCAUCAGAGUGUCACUGAUGUUGGUGUGAUGCGUCAUUUAUCAGCUGAUGGAUGAAGGUGUGACUCACCUGUCAGAUAAGACAGGCGUGUCACGCCCUCUGUUGACCCUUCACUCUUUAGACGGGCGCAGUUAUGAAAAAAAGGCACCUAACCCUAAAAAAAUUGCAACAAAAGGUUUUUCAACUGUUUUUUGUAGUAUUUCGUGUACUAAAUAACAUAUCAAAAGUUUUGCCAAAAUAUGACCACUGGAAAGGUGUUAUUUUCAAGAUGGCAUCUAAGAUGGUCAGAAAAACAUUAAAAUAGCCUAACCCUGUAAUUAUUUAUCAUAGACAAGUACUUUUUGUGUCUAACCCUAUAUUUUUGGGACCAAUGAAUCUGAUAUACAAUUAGUUAAUAUGGAAAUUAUAUAUUUUCCUAUGUUAAUUUCACGAAAACUUUUAAAUAAUAAACCAUUUCAAGGUAUAUAAACUAAUGAUAAAAAAUGUCCAUCCCAUUUUAUCAUUAUUCUUUCUUGAUGGAAAAAGUCUUGCAAAAUCUGCCAUGAAGAAAUAAAAGACGCUUCAGAUAUGGUUGAAGUACGUCAGAAGGGAGCUGAUGGAAUCAAUAGUGCAAGUGUCCAAAGAGGGGAUAACAGUCAUUUCGGCUGGUGAAAAAGUACACUCAAAAUGUUGACAACAGUAUGUAAAUCCCAAAAGCAUUCAAAGGCAAAACAAAACCAAAGUAGAGCCCCCAACGAGAAGUGCCAGAGUAAUAACUGGUCCUUUCAACAGCCAAACGGACUGUCUAUUUUGUGGGGUUGCAGUGACACAUGGAAGUGCAGACUUUAGCUAUGUUAAGACAGAUACAUUUGUCAAGUCCAUUCUUGAGUAUUGUGAGAGUCGCUCCGAUGAAAGGGCCUUCACCGUCAAGGGCAGAAUUGAAUUUUAUGCCCGUGAUUAUGCUCCGGAUAGUGGUUACCAUCACACAUGCAGUAUUAAUUUCCGGACUGGGAAAUUACCACCACUACAGUUCCAGAACAACCCAGAGGCAAAGCAUAGAAAGUCUGGCCGGCCCAAAAAUGAUGAUCAGGAGCAGGCAUUCAUGAGGGUUUGCUCUUACCUUAAGAACAAUGAUGAGGAACAGUUAGUUGACAGUUACACAUUUGCAAGAUAAGAUGAAGGAAUUUAUGUCAAAUACAGAUUCCAAACCAUUUGGAAAGGCCUACCUCAAAACAAAGCUAAAAGAAAAGUAUAGGGACAGUGCAAACUUGCUGAAGGGGAAGGUCUCCAAGACAUAGUGAUGGUGAGGGAAAGGACAUCACAGAUACUGAGAUCUUAUUUCAAAGCCCAAGCAAAGGACGAGGAAUCACAGAAACAAGUGAUCGUUGAGACAGCAGCACGGUUUAUUAAAAGUGAUAUUAAGUCCAAUGUUGCUAAACUUCAAACAAGAAACCCCUGGGUGUCAGGGAAUGAUGCAUAUCAUGCAUGAAGGAAAAGUCUGUGUUCCAGAAACUUGUGAAUGGUGGUUCAACCAUCCAGACCGGCGCAAACUGGUUUCUGCUCCCUAAUCAAGCAAAGAAUGUCAUAGAAGACCUUCGGAGACGGGUGAUGGCUCUUAUGUUUAGUGUCAAAGAUACAGAAAAUUCUCUUGUAUCUUUGUGCUACAAACAUCUCGGCAAAAAAAUUGUGUCUGCCAAAUCAUUUGUCAACCCAGAACAGCUACCUCCUACAGAGUCUGCUACUACAUAUCACUGCCAAAGAGUUGAUUACCAGAUCAUUGUCUGGACCGAAAUGGCGAAGGACAAGAAUCCGUUGGAUUGAGGAUGUCAAUGGGAGGGCAAUAACUUUGUGCCAGUUAUGACCAACAAAACUGCUGCCCCAGAAAGCCUCCUGCAUAUGGUCCACUGUAACUGCACAAGUGCCUGCCGAACACAACGGUGUAGUUGCAGACAAUAUGGAUUGUCAUGCAUGCCUGUUUGUAGAACAUGUCAAGUCGAAAAUUGUGAGAAUCCACAAAAUCGAUCUCUAUGGAAGGAAGAGUGUGACAAGGAUUUUUAAAUCUGGUGCGUGUAAAAAAAAAAAAAAAAAAAAAUACAGGAAAAUAAACAUGCAGAAGCAUGACAGAAAAAAAACAGAAACUUAAAAAAAAAUAUAUUUUUUUAAAAAAAAGGAGUUAGUCAUACUGAGCCUUCUCGUGGCGGACCUAUUUUGAUUAUUUUCACAGUACCACACAGUCAUAAUGCAUUAAUUCCCCAACAUAAUGCUGAAAGUUUAACAUAAUUUGAAGUAUAAGUAAACUCAAACCAAUGCUGGGCAAAUUAUGGCACGUAGAAAAUGGGGAAAUAUCCGGUUAUAUUGGAAAACCUUAUUUAUUUUUAACUUAAAUACCAAUUUUGAUACAUUGUUAUACAUGUAAUCAUUUCUCUAUACUUUAUGUCAGUUAAUUUGAUUCUUGGUUAACCAAAACAUAGGAAUAGACACCACAAGUACUUAUUUAGGAUGAUUAAUGGAGGAAUAACGAUCUGUUAAAGCCCUGGCGGCGUCCAUCUUGAAAUUUUGACAUUUCCGGUGGUCAUAUUUUGGUGAACUUUUGAUAUGUUA